AUGGCUGUGCUCAAGUGGGCUUCGACCGGCCUCGGCGGGGGGGGCGGGUUGUCCCGGUUGCGGACGCGUUCUGCAGCCCCCUGGGCGUGGUCUGGGCCGCUCGAACCGGUCAGCAUCGAGCAACGCAACGAAGCCUUUCGCGUGCGCUCCGACGGCCAGGCGCGAGGCGACGCGGCGACCGUGCGGGCUUCGCAGCGAGCGGUAUCCAAGACCGCCGAUUCUUUGCCGGCCGAUCCGUACCAGGCGGGCGUCGUGCUCGACGCCGUCGUGAAGAGGUACCCGGAGGCGGCGGCCUCCGUCGGCCUGCGAACGCAGUCCGACGUCUCUUUGGCUGAGGAGCUGCUCGGGCGCGUGCGCAAGUCACUCGCGGGCAUCUUCGCGACGGACGGGAAGCGGUCGCGCGGGUCGCUGACGAACGACGAGCAUCAGGCGGUCGACACACUGCUCGUCUUCCUGGCGCAGGAGGAGGAGGGCGAGGCGCUGCAGCGCGGCCGACACGCGAAGAAGGCGAAGGCGGACGGCGGCGAGGUGCCGGUCGCCAAGGUGUCGCGCGUGCGCGAGAUCGCUGAGCUGCUCGGCAUGUCGCCGUCCACCACGCACCGCCGCCUCGUUGCGGCCCUCGAGCGGCGGCGCAAGCUGGAUGACCCCGAGCUGCGGGCGUAUUGGCUUGCAACGCGGACGCUGCUCGGCCACCGGCACAGUGACGAGGUGAAGCGCAUGGUGCUCGAGUUCUACGUGGCGCACCCCUCGAUCAAGCGCUCGCCCAUCAAGUCCGACGUGCUGAAAUUCAAGGACGACCAGGGCGAGGACAUCUUCGUGCCCAAGCUGUUGAGCGAGGUCUCGCUGACGGACGUGUACCUCGACUUCAAAAAGGCCAACCCGACCGUCAUCAUUGGCGAGGCUGCCUUCCGGAAGCUGAGGCCACGCGAGCUGCGGCGCAUGACCAAGCGCCACUUGGACAUGUACUGCAUCGAGUUCCGGCUCCAGCACCAGGCCCUGAACCGGGCGCGCGCGUCGCUCGCCAAGCGGCACGGCGCCGGCUACACGGCCGCGUACGACCACGCCGCGCCCAAGGACGCCGUCGCUGCCUCGCUGUGCCAGCCAUGCGACGCGACGGGCUCGGCGAGCCUGACGCGGAUACUCUCCGACACAUUUGCUCGAGGGGCACCUGCCACCGGCAAAAAAACCAACCCCGCUACGGUGUAUGAGACACGUGAGGUGGAGACGUCGUACGUCGACGAGACCACUGGCGACCGCAAGAAGACGUCGAAGCUGAUGCUGGUCGAGAAGACCGUGCCUAUCGGCGAAUUCAUGCAGCAGUACCGAGAGAAACUGCAAUACUUCUGCUUUCACAACCAGAUGGCAAAGUGGACCUGGAUGGUGCGCAAAGACAGGGCGGCCAUUCGGAAAGGUGACCUCUCGCUGAUCAUGGACUACUCGGAGAAACUCAACCGCCUGCGCAGGACGCAGAUUCAGACUGAGCAUUGGGUCAAUACCGCUAUCACUAUCGAGGUGGCUGUGGCUGAGGGGUUCAAGGCGACGAUCCCGGCGGACGACCCGGUGCUGGCCGGGCUCGCCUCCAUGUCGCCUGAGGAGCGGGGCAAGGAGCUCGACUCGCUCGGUGUGCUAGAGAAGCAGAUCUACUACCACUGCUCUGACUACAAGGCGCAAGAGGCCAAAGUGACGACGCACAACAUGCGUGUCAUGCUGGAUGAGCUGCUGCAAGCGAAUGUGCUACUAGACGGGGGCACUGUGUGGCUCAAGACGGACGGGUGCGCUAAACAGUACAAGUGCAGCAAAGCCAUGUACCUGCUCUGCGUGCUAGUCGCUGACCUGCGGGCGAAAGGGAAGCGUGUGACCAUCGACCAGAUGCUGGAGGUCACGGGGCACGGCAAGGACGAGGCGGACGGGCACGGGGGCGUGUUUAAGAACUGGCUCACCGGCGAGAUGAUGCGGUCGGACUUCAUGGAGGGGGACGAGUCGGUCGUCGCCUCGUCUGACGCAAGGGAGGGAGAGGCUGUCAGCUUCGCAGAUGCGUGCGCGAAGCGCGCGCGUGAGGGUUUUGGCGACCUCAAGCCGGCCGGGAUGAACUCCAAGCGGCGCGAGAA